AAGUCUUCUAACUGAGUAGGAACAAGUGAAAAUAAAAUGUUGAAAUUGUUUUUAAUAUCGUUACUUUUACUCCAUGUAAAGUGCGACUUUAUGGGACUUUUUAGUUCCAAAAAAGAUGCUGACAAUUCUGGAAAUGGAAGAGUCGUUGGAGGUGCAAAAUCAGAAAAUCGCGUUCCAUACCAAAUAUCUCUUCAAAUGCAAAAGAAAGAAGGAAACAGUAAUCCUGGAUUUUUGGGUGGAAUGAUGCAAAUUCUUGGCGGUGGUGGUGGAGGAGGAAACUUUUCUCAUUUCUGUGGAGGAAGUGUACUUAAUGAAAACCAUAUUGUCACAGCUGCUCAUUGUAUCAAAGGUUUCAAUACAAGUCGUAUGGCAGUUUUUGCUGGAACUAAUGAUCUACGCGAAGAAGAUAAAGGACAAAGAAUUAUGAUUGAUAGCUGUGAAAUUCAUCCUGAUUAUGUAGAAUUAAACACUAGCGAUAUUGCUGUUUGUCGUUUGAAGGAGUCAUUCAGUAUGGGUGACAAUAUAACACCAAUUGAAAUGGGAACAGAACAUAUUGAAGGCGGAGAGGAAUGUUUACUUACUGGUUGGGGAUACACUUCUAGAAUGGUAAUAGGAAGAAGAAUUCCUAAUGAACUUCAGGAAGCUAAAUUUUAUACAAUCACAAAUGAAGAAUGCAAUCAAAUGUACAGCACAACUCCUACUGAACUAUGUACAAAAUCAAAGGGACUUGAAGGAGCGUGUAAUGGUGACAGCGGUGGACCAUUAGUAUGCAAAAAUAAACUUGCUGGUGUCGUAAGUUACGGAUUAAUGAUAUGCGGUACUAACCAGCCAGAUGUUUAUACAAGAGUCUCGGAAUUUACAGAUUGGGUUCAACAAAUGUCAUCGAUGUAAGAUAUUAAUUCAAGCUCUCUCAAUUGAAGUCAAAUAAAAAUAUUCUUGCCCCACUCCAUUUGUUGGCCUAACCAUUGAAAGUCACUGAAUCUUUGAAACGAUUGGAAAAAAAAAUUAAAAUGUUCAAAAAAUUAAAAUUCAAUAAAUGAG